GUAUAAAUUAACAAAAUGGUGCACUUCAGAAGUAAUCAUUGUAUACUUGUAAGUUUAGCUGUGUCAUUGCUGAGCCAAGUCCUGCAGGCUACCCCAGGACUAGUGCUGCCAGUAGAGAGAACCACUGGACUGGGUUGUAUACCAGAGGGCAGGACUGUCAGCUAUGUGUGCACUGUCACUGAUCCACUAGAUCCUCCUGUGGCUAGUACGGUUUGGCAGGGAACUGCCCUCAACUGUCCUUCAGCAAGUGAUACAACAAACAAUCGCAUCACUCUAUCUCAUAAUCAAUUUCAGUCUGGAGGCAAUGCUGGUGUUUGUGGUGGCUUGUCUGCAAUGAGUACUGGAUUUAGUAGAAAUGAAUACACCUCAAGAUUGAUUCUAACAGCCUCUAAUGAGUUGAAUGGAAUGACUGUUAUAUGUAGUUUGAGUGGAAUUUUUUAUAGCUGGAAAUGACACCGUAAUAGUUGGAGCUUCUUCCCUUCCCCCUCUAUAAGUGUCAUGGUUGAGGUCACUUCUUCUUCGUCCUUCACCUUCAGUUGGAUUCCACCAUCUGAUACCAGCAAUGUGGGAGGAUAUCUGUUUAACGUGACUGGAGAGGAUUGUGGUUGUGUAAGUAUGAAAACCAGUGCUGACACUACCAAUGUCCUGUGUUCUGAUUGGACGGUCAGUGGCCAGACCUGCUCCUUUGAAGUGAGGUCCAUAUCAGAAGACUGUGGGUUCAUUAGUGAUUCUGUUACACUAGCCAUCUCACUGCGCGUACCAUCCAGUCCAACUGGGCUACAAGUGAUGGCAAUGUACAAUCAGUAUAGAAGCACAGCGUACAUUGAAGUGGACUUUAUGGGUGUGUCCACCCUUCUACUUGGUGCUAACCUGGACCCCACUAUCAGCUACACAGUCACAUUAACAGGAACUAGAGCCACCCUUCAAUUUAAUGGAGUUAACUGUAACACUACCAACUACUGCACACUCAGAGUGAAUGGGUCCCAGCUUUCUCCGGCUGACCGCUAUACUGUCAGUGUUGUUGCGUCUAAUAUCUUUGGCCAAGGAGCACCAGUUACCUUUGUAAAUCCAGUUGGAGUGUGUCUGGUGGAAUGUGACCCUGAAGUCCUGGGAAAAAGCCCUUCAUCUCAAAGAAGUACUGGCUCAGUGGCUGUUCUCAAUGGAGUGGUGACCUUACAGUGGUGUGGUUCUCGGCUCUGUUGCUACCAUAACAUGUGACACUGAGUAUAGUAUUGCUAAUGAGUAUACUAGGACCUGUAUGAGUGACGGUCACUGGAGUAAAGGAACCCUGAGAUGCGAGCAAGAAACUACAGCAG